GCUAACCAGACACCAGAUGUGCUCAUCCGCCGGCAAUGGCCUGAUCGUCGAGGGCAUACCUCUGGGUAUGGGCCGCCAGUUUACGCCACGACUGACCAUGAAAAGGGUCUACAACACCAAGUGUUUUCGUCCCGAACGCUAUCGGCAUGAGGUGGCCAACCAUUAUCGGGACUACAAGUUGCAACAGCAUCUCCAUCAGCAGCACCAUAUCUCGAAUGCCGGUGGCCAGCGUCGGAGAAGGCGACGUCGUCCUUACGGAUCGGAAACAACUCGAGUGCCCGGCAGCUCAUUAGCGUCGGCAUGUGUGCGGUUCCGCGAUGUAUGGCCCACCCAUGUUCACAACUUUCCCAGAUUCGACGAUACGUUUACGAGCCGCGGCCGGAGGACAGUGUGCUCCGGUGAGCCACCGGACGAGCCAUAUAACGACGCAGUGCGUCGCAUCCGUAGCUCUCAGAGCUGUUCCCAGCUACGUCAGUUGGUGCAACGUCAAUUGUUGUCAUCCCGAAUCAUUGGGUUAACUAAUAGCGAUUGUGAAACUGAGUAUAGUCGUCCGUGGAGCAGUCGUAGCAGCCAUGGGAAGAACAGCAAUCGGUGGCGAAGCCAAAGUAGCGACAACAUCAACGACCGUGCCGUCAAUUAUCAGCUAAAUAUUAAUAAUAUUGCUGCUGCAACCACGGAAACCCAACAAAGUCCCAACCAGAAUCAGCAACCGGUUGAUUUUUACGGUUAUUUGCAAUUGGCCAGUGGCUAUUAUGAGCACGGUGUUCUGGCCAAUAUCGCCUACCUGGAAUCGAUUGGCCGGCAAAAGCACCACAACCACCACCACCACCGGCAGCAACAGCUAGAGCCGCCACGUAAUGCAAUAAAGGCCCCAUUGCCAGGUUUAUUCUUGGACACACCAUCCACUCAGGCAUUGGCUAUUCCCGGCCAGAAGUUGACGGGUCGCUUGCUCACUUUACUGAAGAGUCUAAAGAGCAAGGUGAUUAAAAGGAGAACUAGUCCCGAGCCAGGAAUACGAGUGGAUAUUCGAAAUUUAAAGACACAAGAAGAUCAGGAGGAGAAUCCGGAGGACAACGACUAUCAUCCACUUGAAGAAGAUCAGCAGGUCAAGAACGAAUCAUCUCCUUCAUCUCCUGGGAAUAGCAUGUGUGAUUAUUAUGCUGAGGACGCGAAACAAGUAUCCCAGUCACGAUUGCCAAGUUCCCAGACCCUGGGUGCCACUUCAGCUACAUUGGGCGCCACUGUAGAGGCCACGGCCGUUACUCUGGAAGCGAUUGCCACACGAGUACCAGCCAUUGAUGGUGCUGGACCGGAUCAUCGGUGUAUUUACGAAAUCAUUGAUAACCUAAGUCAUUUGAGUAUCGGAGAAAGUGGUGAACGUCGCCCACCACUACCGCAGAUAACGCUAACCGACUGUACCGCUCAACAGGUGGCGCUCUAUAGUGCCAGCUUCGAUAUCAUUCAGUUGCAAAUACCCAACGAAGCCAGACCACCGAAUAGAGACUAAGUUUUUGGGAGAAGCUUUAAUUGUUUUUUUUUUGUUUUAAUUUUUUUGUUAGACUCUUUUUUUUUGGUAUUUGGCGGCAAUCGGAAAUUGAAUCGAAACGUAACCGAUAGAUAGAUAGACAAAAUACAUAGAUAGAGAGCUGUAGAGCUACAGAAUAGAGAGU